AUGCUUUUAGGGCUCAAAAGACAACUUGAUUAUGCUUCCUAUAAGCCUGGUAAAGAUUGUAAUAAUGAUGGGGACAUUCAGACUGGUAUAAUGGCAGACAAAAAUGAUCAAAGUAGUACACAUAAACAAAGAUCCAAAGAUGACAGACCAGUACCAAAUGGUGCAACUAUAUCCGCUGAGGCAAACUUAAGACAAGAAAAGAAAAAAGAAAUUGAUACAGCAUUUAAAGAAGUAAAAGACAAACUUAGUGAUAUAAGUUAUGUAAGGGUUGCAUACUGGAGACACAAAAAGUAUUUGCGUGGACAAGCAUCCAGAUAUAUUACAUCGGGGAUGCUUCCCUCUCAGUAUAAAAGAUUAACCGAGGGUGCUGGAAUGGGGAGUCUGUCGCAGCUUCAGUUAGACAGGUUUACUGGAGUAUAUGCACCUGUAGUCCAUGACCUCAAGGAGGAAUCAAUGGAGGAGGCUGUCCAUUUGGAAAUUGGAAUGUACGAGAACAUUGAAGAUGGAAUUACUAUAAUGAGUGAUGGUUGUCAUGGAUCUCAUAAAAAUGCGAAUGACUGUGAUGUCAUUGUGCUUGGGUACAAAUCUCACCAAGUUCUCCAAUCCUGUCACGUUACUAAAAAUGAUGACCCAUCCCCUCAAAGGCAUGAGACAUUCGGGACAAAGAAAAUUUACGAAACAUUUGAUGAGAAUUCUAUUUGGAUUGGGACUCACGUACAUGAUGCUAACACAGCCAUAAAUGUGUUCAUACGUGAUGAGAGAGCGCCAACCAUCAACCAAAAUGAUACCUGGCAUGCAUCUCACAACAUGAAAAAACAGAUAUCAAACAUAGCACAUGGAUCUAAAAAAUCACAUGGACAAACUUGGCAUAGGCAGCUUGAAGACAAACCAGAAUCUAUCCGUCAAUUUUAAUAUUAUGCGAUGCUGAAUUGUAAUGAAGACCACAUCAUUUUACGACAGAUGUUAGACAAUAUGGUUCAACACUAUACCGUAAUAAUCAUGAAAAUUGCCACGCUAAAGCCAGAUGCCGGAUAGAUCCAAAUUAUGAGCCAAGCACUUUAAUGUUGACAAACCAGUGGGAUAUAGGUAAGCUGGCCCAUGCCAUAAAAAAGUCUACCAUGUACAGAAUGGCAAUUAAGUAUAAUAAAGGACUGAAUACACCGUACGUUGAAAGCUUAAACAAUACCCUCAAUGUAUUCCAUGAUAAAAGGAUUUACUUCAAGAAAACCCAGUAUGAACAUCGAACUAAUUUGACAAUCCUCUAUUUGAAUGAAAAUGUUGCAAAAAAUUUUCCUUUUUUGCACUUGUGCAUACAUGUUAAUAUUGAGAUUCUUUUUUCUUUUCUUUUCUCGUUGCAAGUGCAAAACAGUCAAGGCAAUUUUUAGUCAAAGAACAAUUUAUCAGUAUCAGGUCACUUUCCACUCAAGAGGUAUUUUAUUUAAUAAUAAUAAAGAUAAAUUGUGAGUAAAUUAUGAAUAUUUCAGAUGAAGAUUCUGAAGAAAAAAAAUUGAAAGCUGAUGAGCAAAAAUCCUCCCCCG